UUUGUAUUCAGAGAAGGGAAUUUUUAUCUCUCUGUUUUAUUUCUCAAAACUCAUUCGAUUCGAUCGAAAAAAAAAUGUCUGGAAUUGUUGUGGUUUUCGAUUUUGACAAGACGAUUAUCGAUCUGGAUAGCGAUAAUUGGGUGGUGGAUGAAUUAGGUGCUACUGAUUUGUUCAAUCAGCUUCUUCCUACCAUGCCUUGGAACUCUGUUAUGGAUAGGAUGAUGAAGGAACUUCAUGAACAAGGCAAAACUAUUAAGGACAUUGAACAAGUACUGAAACGGGCACCCGUAAUCCCUCGGGUUGUUCCCGCCAUUAAAGCUGCUCAUGCUUUAGGGUGUGAUUUGAGGAUUGUAAGCGAUGCAAAUCUCUUCUACAUCGAGACGAUUUUGAAACAUCUAGGAAUAAGUGAUUGCUUCACGGAGAUCAACACAAAUCCGGGAUACGUUGAUGAAGAAGGAAAACUUAGAAUCCGUCCUCACCAUGAUUUUCACACCUCCUCUCAUGGCUGCAGCUCCAAUACUUGCCCUCCCAACAUGUGCAAGGGACUAGUAAUAGAAAGAAUACAAGCUUCAUUGGCUAAGGAAGGGAAGAAAAGAAUGAUUUAUCUCGGUGACGGAGCAGGAGAUUAUUGUCCAAGCUUGAAGCUGAAAGAGCAAGAUUUCGUUAUGCCAAGGAAAGAUUUCCCUGUCUGGAAAUUAAUAAAUGAAAAUCGCGAUCUCGUAAAAGCAGAGAUCCAUGGGUGGAGUGAUGGAGAAGAGCAAGAACACAUUCUGCUUCAGAUAAUCAAAACAAUUUCCAUGGAAGAUAAUCAAUUUUUAUCGGUUGAUUGCAAGUUUCAGACGAUUCCGAUCAAUGCAGUUCAUGAAGCCAUGCCAAAAGCUCUCCCUGUGCCUUACUAAUUAAGCAAAAGUUAAACUGUGACAACUAAUUAAGAGUUGGCUUUAAUUACUUGUAUUUUAUGGUUUUAUUUGAAAUAGCCCUGGUUUUGAGCCUUUCAUUCGGGCUCUAAAUAUUGUGGGGGGUGUAACGCUGUUAUCUUUUCCCUCACUUUUUUUUU